UAUAGUAAAUACAAAGUAGACGAUGUGAGUGGCGUGUGUGGCGGAUACUGUGCAAAUAAUUCCCGUUUUACAAUGACUAAUCACAAGAUACAGUUUGUGGGGUCGCCCUGUGGCCACCACGGAAAUUACACGUUCUACAAAGCGUUCAAAUACACGCUACACGGAAAACAGAAAAUUUUGUCUCUGGGUGAAUUUUUCUUCGUGAAGAUUUGGGAGGAAGAAGACAUCAUAUCUGUGGGAGAAGCUCAGUUACUGUGGGAAGACCGAUCCUCAGGACAGAUUCUCGUCUCACUCAGGAUAUAUUUCCUCCCGGAGAAUACUCCAGAUGGAAGAUGCGAGGAACAUGGCGAGGUGAGUGUUGAAUACUAUGAACUUGUUGACGCGCUGGUGGUAGCAUAG